CAAGGUUAAUUCAACUAUUUGCUAACUCUUGUUUCCAAUCAUAGGAAAAAAAAAUCUAACCCAAGAACUACUAAAUCUCCUACAUCAUUUGUUCAUAGAUCAUUAUGGAAAACACAACAUUGAAAGCAGAGAAUCUUAAACCUGUUCUUCUCAAAGCUGGUGUUCCUUUAGCUGUGUCCAUGGCUGGUGUCAUCUAUGCAUGGAUCAUGGCAAAGAAAAUCAACAACAAAGCCGGAAUCACGGAAUCCGAAGAAGAUUCCGGUCAUGGAACCAUGCAUGAGGAAUGUUCUCAUAGCUUUUCUUCUAUGGAAGAUGAAGAAGAAGAAGAAAAACAACAUGGCAUCACAAUUGGUAGCCAUAUUAGUGUUCCUUCUGAGAAAUUGGUGAUCCAUGAAAAUCAUUGUUUUGAACAAGAUAUUAUUAGUGGUUUAAGAAGCAGGAUUGAAGGUUUGCAAAUGAGAGAAUUGGCAUUGAGUUUGCAAUUUGAUAGGUAUUGUGACAUGAAAGAGCAAGAAUCUUUGUUGGUAGAAAUCAAGAACUUGUUAUGGUUAGAGAGGGCGCGAGUCGAGUUCUUAGACAAGGAGAUCUCAUUUCUGGAGACAGAGAACACGAAAUUGGAGAAUUUUAUGGAUCAAUACCUUAAAAUUCUUGGGCAAAUUGAGAAAUGGAAAUCAGAGAACAAAAUACUUGAAAAGAAGGUUGAAAGGUUGAAGAAGAGAUCAAAUGCGCAACGACGACUAAUUAAGGAGCAAAAUGUGAGGAUAAGAGCAGAGGAAACAGAAAUUCUGAGGAGUCAUGAGGCAUUACAAAGAAGUGUUUGUGUGAUGAAUAAGUUGGAGGAUGAGAUGAGAGAGAUGCAAAAGGUUUUGGAUGAGUUACAAUUUGAGAAGAAUGAACUUCUAAAGAAGCUUCAUUCACAAGAAAAAGCAUAUGCAACUAAGAUUAAAGAAGGAUUUGUAAGCAAGGAAGAUUACAACAAGAUUCUCAAUGAAUUGGAGCAAAUCAAGAAGGAACGUGCAGCUGAAAUUGAAGAACUUAAUCAAUUGCGUUUGUCUAAUAAUUCUUGCUUAUUAAACCAUGAACAAGAACAAGAACAAGAACAUGAUCAUUAUAAGGUGCUAGAAUUUGAAGAAAAGAGUGCAAUCAUGCAUUAUGAAUCAGACCAUGAAUUGCAUCAUUCUUUUAUGGAGCAUUGUAACAAUAAUAUCCCUUCUUGCUUUGGUUCAACACAAAGUGAUAAUCAUCAUCAUCAUGAUCAUGGUUUCUCAAGAAGGAAAAGAUUGAUAAGAAGGCUUAGAAGGUGGGUGGAAGGAAGUGAUGAAAAGGUUGUUAGAGUGAAACCUAUGAAUUUUGAUCCUCAUCAUGUUCCUAAUUCAAGGAACUCUUGCUCCUCAAUCUAGUUUUAAAUAUUAUUGUAACAAAUUCUCAUGUGUUUUCAUUUAUAGUUUCA